AGCGAGUGCGCAAGGCGGCAGAAGCUCGCCGGAUGAACGAGAUACACAAGAAGGAUGCUGCGCGGAGACGGGAGGGUCGGAGGCGACGUCGAUCGCGAGAGCAAUUGUAUAAGCUCAAGCCAUGGGUUAUGUGCCCGGCGGUGGCUUACGCACUGUUUGUUGUUUGUAUCUUGGCUGCAUCACUGGCGGGCGUGUUGGAUCCGACCUGGGUCGUAGUGGCGCUUGUCCUCGGCCUCGUUGUCUGUGUCUUUGUUCCCUGCUGCCUGUUCCGGCUGUGGUUCAUCUGCAGAUCACCCGAGGCGCGUAUCCGCGAGUCGGUGGCUGGCAAGCGGAGUGGGCGUCAUCCGGCGCUCCUUGCUACGUCUGCAUCGAGUAAGGAGCGCGGCGGCAUGAGGUCGGGCUCGGACUCCGACUCGGACUCGAGCUCAGAUCCGGACUCGGGCUCGACCUUGGCGUCACGAUCAGGCUCGGGCGACCGCUAUGGCAUCGAAUCGUCCGAGUAUGUGUCGGAUGUCUGACGAGUAGCGAUUCAUUAUUCAGAAGCCUGUCGGGUGACGGGGUACACAGCUUGCAGGAGCAGCCACAGCAAAGUCUGUGCUUCGGGGUCGAUGAAUCGGCGACGAGGAGCUAAUCAUCGUCGUUGGCCUUGUUCUUGGACUUUGACUUUGACUUGGCCUUGUUCUUGGACUUUGACUUGUCCUUCUUCUUCUUGGACUUCUUCUUGGACUUCUUCUUGGA